CGUGUACGUACGUGUACGGCGGCAUGUGACGGAGAUGCCGGUAGUGUCAGUACACACUACCUUGUCGAACAUAAACAGAAUAUUUUGAGCACAUCGAUUUUACUCGAUAUUUUUUCAAUUGGAAACUGGCCUUCGGUUUUUCACGUCCUAACUUUUUGAGGAAGCAGAAAAAAUUGGAGAUUGUUUUACGACAGGAUCACGAUCCGUUUCUAACAUUAAGAAAUAUCAGAUUCUGUCUCCGUCAGAGAAAAAAACACUGUCAUUUACAGACUGGAUCAUCGAUCUGAAUCUCAUCUGUCCUCGACCUCGUCUAUCGCCACUGCGAUUCCAACACCAACUAAGUUACUAUUCGAGCUCUGCACAUGCACCUGUGUUUUGCGUGAUAUUUCGUCUGGUUUUUAUACAAGUUAAUCUUAGGUUUAAUAAAAAAAUUGAAAAAUUCUUGAUUUAUGAUGCCCUCUGAGCUUCCACAAGAUCAAGGACAGGUUUCUGAAGACGAGGGCGUCGCCAUGGAAUCGCACAAACAAGCCUUGGUCAACGGACUUGAUAAAUGCACCACGACCUUGGAAGAGGAUGCUCAGAUCGACAUCAGCGAGAUCGGAGAGGAAUACCAACACGAUCCACACUGCGACCCCGACAACCCAAUCCAGGUCAAAUUCCAGGACGUGAGCGCAGCAGCUUACAAGAUCAAAAGCGGGGUGUUUCGGUCACCAUGUUCGAAAUCUAAUCUGUCAACAAUGGUGGGAAUGGAUUUGUACUUGAAGAAAGACUACUUACAGACCACAGGAAGUUUCAAAGAGAGAGGGGCUCGUAAUACGCUUCUAAUGCUUCCAGAGGUAAGAAAUCUUCUUUGUAAACUUGAGUGAUAUUUAGACAAACUU